AUGAAGGCUCCAGGCCGAAGUCGUAAAGGGAGACGACUAGUAAAACUUCUUAAUCUUCAUCAACAGGAUGUUAGCUCACUCAUUUUCUCUGACAGUGAUCAGCAUCAACCCGAUCCCAACUCUCCUCAGUCAAUACUUUCCCGAGCUACCCAUCUGGCCCUCCAACAUCUAGAUCUGGGUUCUUCUGCUCCUGGUCAUUUGAAUGGGAUUCUCUCGAGCAAAUUCUCACGACUCAAGUCUGAAAAUGAUGAACUUGAACAAAAUUCUAUUGAAAGUGGUUAUGUGGCUUCAUCAGCAAUUCAAACUCCUGGCGCAAGUUCUUCUGGCUCUUCCUCAUUCAAGCGAAAGUCUGCUGCUAAUCGAUAUCAUCAAGUUCGAAUAAUUGAUAAUAGAUUAAAGAAACCUGCUGAUGAAGCCGCGCUUCUUCAAGCUAGACGCCGGCUUUAUCUACCCCAUCGGUUUGCUCGAUCUUGCACCUCGAAUGAUGAUGAAGAGGAUGACGAUGAAGAUGAUGAUAUUGUUAAUGAGAGCCAGCAUGUAGAAGAGGCUGUUCCAACUUCUUCAAUUCUUGUUGCAGGAGGGUCUAAUUCGAAUCAAGGAUUAGCGUCCUCUUCCCAAAAACAUGUUAUCCUUCUCACCAGUUCUUCAGAACCUUCGCCAUCUCUUCGCAUUUCUGAAGCGAAUGAUUUGCAUGAGAUGGAGACUAUUGCUUCCCCUACAAAUGACUCCACUUCUCCCGUUACUAAUGAUGUAUCUAGUUCCUCCAUACCACUUAUUUCCAAACUGCUCCAAUCAGUAGAGUAUCCAAACUCCAUCUCCCAUCUAUCAGCGUCAGAUCAACGCCGUCACUCUAGUUUUGUCUCUUCAAUAAGUUCGAAUAAACGUGGGAGCGUCAGUAGUGGGGCUCUAAAGCGAUACAACACCUCCUCAUCGGUGUACAGUGGGGAUCGGACACCACCAACUCCAGUUAAAUCUACUCUGAAAGCAACUUCAGUUCGACGACAUCGAGAAUACGAGCAGUGGAGACAGAGGUCGUCAUUACCUCUCUCACCGCGUGCACCCAAUAGUUCCCCCGGUUUAUUUGAAUCUAGACAUAAUCAAAAUCAUCAUGGCGUCUCGUCGGCGGAUGACGUUGAGACAGAUAUUGGGAGUGGUGGAGUAAGAGUUUGUGGAAAUAUGAGCAUCUUAUCUACUGCCAUGGAACCUAUCUGUGUGGUGAAUCUUGCUACUCCUUUGAGCCAAAACCUCUCCUUCGAUGGCCCUUCCCAACAACAACGUCGAGUUAACCUCCUUGUAGAGGGCGUGCGUUUCGUCGUCGAUCUAGACAGUCUCCGAGCCCAUCCGGAUACAAUGCUCGGUCGCAUGUUCCAAUCCUCCUUUAUGGAGAAUUCUUACGCCACUACCACUCAGCAACUUCUGCCAACCUCCGGUGGUACAACCACUUGUGAAGAAGAGGAGCAGGACGACCUUGACGACGAUGACCUUGAAGAUGAUAUAGAUACUGAGGAAGUUAGUGGAACAUCCUCCGUGUGUUCCGGUGGUCCAUCUGCUGGUGGAGAAACUGCAAGUAAUAGUCGAGCUAUGAAUGAUGUCGAACACUGGAUGGCUGUUGCAUCAACCUCUACAGCCUGUGGAGGAGUCGGUACUACCCACUCCGCUCCCGCUUCCUAUCGAUCACAUCGGGGAUCCCUAUGUGGUGGAAAUGGUCGUCAAGGGGCACAAAGAUGUUCUACUAAGAGAUUACAUACAACCGCACAGCAAAGACGUCGAUAUUUGCAGGGGCAACAGAACUGUCGGGCAAUGGAUGUGUGUCUGAGUGGUGCUGGAGUACCAGCAAAUGUGUUUAGAGUAAUUUUAGAUUACUACCUUCUGGGGAAAAUGACCUGUCCUCCAGAUGUAUCUGUGAGACAGUUAAAACAAGCUUGCGAAUAUUUCCUCAUCCCCUUUAACCACGAGACGGUUUUCUGCUCGAAUCUACGGGAGUUUCUACAUGAAGUCUCCAACGACGGUGCCUACAAGAUAUUCGAAAACUUCCUGGACGAACAAAUCGUGCCUCAAUUCAUGAAGUGCGCUCGGUUAGGUGAGCGCGAGUGUCACAUUGUCAUCCUCACUGACGACGAACAGGUCCAUUGGGAUGAUGAAUAUCCACCACAGAUGCCCGAGGCUGAACUCAGUUCGCACAUCAUCUACAGUACGAAGAUGUAUCGCUUCCUCAAGUACAUUGAAAAUCGUGAGAUUGCCAAGCAAGUUCUCAUCGAACGAGGACUCAAAAAAAUUCGAAUUGGCAUUGAAGGCUAUCCAACUUGUAAAGAGCGAAUGAAAUUUCGCGUGGGUUCACGGCCUGAAGCCAUCUACAACUACGUUCAACGUCCAUUCCUACGAAUGUCCUGGGAGCAAGAAGAAAAUAAGUCACGUCAUGUUGAUUUCCAGUGCGUGAAGAGUAAAUCAGUGAGUGAUUUGACCUCUCUUGAUCAGGCCGUCAUCGAUCGACCUCUAUUGACCCCAUCAACGGCAACAAACAAUACCGGCGAGACCCCUCCUAUUAACGGAGGUGUUCCAGUGACCCCUGGCGAUCCAAUUCCACCCAGGUUCUCCCCCUCCUUGCCCAAUCACAAUCAUCAUAUUCAGCACCAGACUCAUCACGCCAACGGUGGUGGUGGUGGUGGCUCUAAUCAUCACGGAUAA